CAAAGUUCAUUUUGCUGACUUCACCUUGUGCUGGGAGCUUUUGCCAUGAGCUUGGAGCGCUGACCUGAGCACGCGGCCCAGGCUUUCAGGGAGACUAAAGGGCUCUAGAGGGGAGUGAGUGAUCAGUCAGUCUGCAGCCAGCCAGCCUGCCUAGAGCAAGGGCAUUGCCAUAUAGCGGCAUCAUGGCCUCAGCAAACCCUGUGGAGAGACUGCAGGAUGAGGCCGUGUGCCCCAUCUGCCUGGACUGCUUCACUGAGCCGGUGAGCAUUGACUGUGGGCAUAACUUCUGCUGUGCCUGCAUCAGCCGGUACUGUGAGACGUGGAAGGAGGAAAGCAUUGGUAAACCCGUCCAGUGCCCCGUCUGCAAAAAGAAAUUCAAGAAGGACAACUUCCGGUCCAACUGGCAGCUGGCCAACAUGGUAGAGAACAUCCUGAAGCUGAGGGCUGCGAGGGGAGAGGAGCGGGCGGGGCCGUUCUGCCAGCAUCACCAAGAGCAGCUCAAGUUGUUCUGCGAGGAGGAUGGGAAGGCCAUCUGCGUGGUGUGCCGGGAGUCCCGAGAGCACCGGGAACACACGGUGGCACCCGUGGAGGAGGCUGCCCAAACAUACAGGAGCAAAGUCCAGCAAGCCCUGACUCAACUCAGGAAGAAGAUGGAAGCUGCCAAGCGGCUGGAGGCCAAGGAGAACAGGAAGAUCAAGGAAUGGCAGGAGAAAGUGGAGGUUCAGCGUCAGAUCGUCAUGUCAGAGUUCGAGAAGAUCCGCCAGUUCCUGACUGAGGAGGAGAAGUUGCUGCUAGAGAAGCUGGCGACGGAAGAGAAGGACUUCAUGCAGAGAGUACAGGCCAACCUAGCUGACCUCUCGGAGCAGAGCUCUGCCCUGGGCAAACUCAUUGCAGAGCUGGAGGAGAAGUGCCGGAAAUCAUCUGUGGAGCUGCUGGAGGGUGUGAGGUGUCCACUGAGCAGUGCUGAAACUAUCAAACUGCGGGAGCCAGAAGCCAUCCCCACUGAAGUGAAGAAUAGAUACAAAUUCCCUGAGCGUUGCCUGGAUAUGAAGAAAAUGCUACAGAAAUUCAAGACGGACGUGACUCUGGAUCCCGAGACAGCCCACGUGUGCCUGGAGCUGUCCAAGGACCGUCGGGGCGUGCGGCUGGGGGAGCCGCAGCGGGACAUCCCGUCCCACGCCAAGCGUUUCGACACGUACCGCUGUGUGCUGGGCGUGGCGGGGCUGCGUACGGGGCGGCACUACUGGGAGGUGGAGGUGGAGGCGGGCGACAAGGCCUACUGGACGCUGGGCGUAGCGCGGGGCUCGCUGCGCAGGAAGGGCUGGUUCAGCAUGGAGCAGGAGGAGGGCAUCUGGGCUGUGCGCCUCAUCAGGGGACAGUACCACGCCCUCACCUGCCCCGAGACCAGACUGUCCCCAAGCCGCAGCCCCCUGCUCCUGGGCAUCUUCCUGGACUGUGACGGCGGGAGCAUCACCUUCUAUGAGGCCGAGGGCAUGGAACCCAUCUUCUCCUUUGCCACCGGCGCCCGCUUCCCCGAGCCGCUCUACCCCUUCUUCUGGCUCAUGUGCCCCGGCACCAGCCUCAGGAUUUGCCCCACGGUGUGAGGGGGGGAGAAGCAGGCCUGACGGGCUGGGGAAUGGCAUGGGGGUGGGCAGUGUCCCUGACAGGGCCUCUGGGUGGGACAGUGGCUCCUGCCCCAUCACACCAACACCCCCCUAAUCGUCCAGUAGCUGGGAACCGCUCAAGGCUGUUGGAGUUGGGGGUGCUCCCUCACCCUAGCAGCAGCAGGGGUGGGGGGCAGGGAGAUGAGGUAUGCCAGCCAGCUCCCCUCCCCUCCCCCAGCUCUCAGGGCCGAGGGGGUCCUGCCUCGGUAAGUGUGUGUGUAUACAUGCUCCCAUAGAACAUCCAUCCAGCCCUGUGCACCUCCCUCGCCUACCAACACCCUGGAGCUGAGACCAAGAGGGGCAGAGGUGGCAGAGCCGGGCCUGGUUGCUCAGUGGGACGGGCUCACCCGCACUGUUUGGGCCUCAGUCUUUGCCCCCUGGUGGGAUGUCCUCGCUCCCCCUCCCGCAAAGAGCCCUCGCUCUGCUGGGUUGGGUUGGUGAGAACCAUUUUUUUUAGAAUAAACUGAAUGUAAAGAUGA